CAAAAGGAGUGUGAAAAGAAGAAACUCUUUCUCUCGCCAUCUCUCCACAUAAGUAGAUUCGUUGGUUUAUUUCUCAUAUUAGUUGUGAAUUCAUGUCAAUCAAUAUCAAAACUUGCAUCAUAUUGCGAACACUCUCGACAAAUAAAUCACUUUCCCUUCUUGCCACUACCUCAUCUUUUCAUGUUUUAGUUCUUAAUUCUUUCGAGUCAGCACAAAAUUUCAGUCUUCCAAGCAAGAAUUUCAAUCUUCAGUUCGAUUUAUCGUGAACGCAGAAUCAUAUGUAGUGUUACAGUUGAUCUCUCUUUCCUUUUCAUUACUCUCAACCCAUCCACUUAUUUUCCUUAUAUCUGAUCAAUUCCUGUUGGUUCACUUCGAGGCCAAAACCUGAAAAUAUGAUCUUUGUCUUCUCUUCAAUCUUCAUUCUUUCAAUAACUGCAGCUCAUGCUUCCAUCUGGUGCAACUAUACUUGUGGUUCCAAACAUCUUCCUUACCCUUUUGGAUUCUCCUCUGGCUGCAAAAUUCAAUUAAAUUGCAGCAGAAAUGGUGAAAUCCUUGUCAAUAAUGAGUUUCUCGUCCAAUAUAUAACCCAAGAUAAAAUAAGAAUCAACGUUCAACCCCAAUGCAACCGUUCAGUCCAAUCCUUCCAAAAUCUAUUUACCAGCAACUUCGCACCCACAUCAACUAACGCAAUUCUAUUGAAUAACUGCUCCUCCAGGGACGUCCUCCCAUGCAGUAUACCUGCCAUCAGCGUGGAGACCCAUUUCCAGUCUGUUAAUUGCUCAAAAAACAGCAGCUUAAAUUGCCUUUUCAAUCUAACUAAGGAUGGUUUCUUUUACAAAAGUAGUCAGCUUAGCCAGUGCCGGUCUCUUUUGUCAUCGAUAUCAUCCAACUACUCUAUCACUUCCGGUGUUACGUCGUUGGAUGUUCAGGUGAUGGACCUUGGAUGGUGGCUUCCAGGGAAUUGCCAUUGUUCCGACCAUUCCACUUGUAAUGGAUUUGUAAGUCCUGCUGGACCAGGAUAUCGGUGUCAGUGCAAAGAUGGAUUCAUCGGUGAUGGAUAUGCAGCCGGUGCCGGCUGCCGGAAAGCCUCUUGCAAUCUAGCAAAAUAUUUAUCUGGCGAAUGCGGAGGAGCGACAAGAAUUGGAGUUUUAGUUGGAGGAAUUGUUGCUGGAGUAGCUUCAAUGGUCAUUCUGGGUCUCCUGUGCUGUUUUAUUCGAAGACGGUCCACUUCAAAACCCAAAGGCUUCACAAAGCUCCGCCUGGCUGAAGCGACAGAUAUCAACAUUCCCAUCUAUCCCUACAAGGAAAUUGAGAAAGCCACUAAUAGUUUUUCAGAGAAACAAAGGCUUGGAACAGGGGCCUAUGGAACAGUUUAUGCUGGUAAACUACAUAAUGAUUUGUGGGUUGCCAUUAAAAGGAUCAAACAUAGGGAUAUUGACAGCACUGACCAAGUCAUGAAUGAAAUCAAGCUCAUUUCAUCGGUGAAUCACCCCAAUUUAGUUCGACUCUUAGGUUGCUCUAUAGAAAAUGAUGAACAAAUUCUUGUUUAUGAAUUCAUGCCCAACGGAACAUUGUGCCAGCAUUUACAAAGAGAAAGAGGCGAUGGACUUGCCUGGCCUGUUCGCCUCACUAUUGCUGCUGAAACUGCUCAAGCUAUAGCUCAUCUCCAUUCUGCUAUCCACCCCCCAAUAUACCACAGAGAUAUAAAGUCCAGCAAUAUACUUUUAGACUACAACUUCAGGUCCAAAGUUGCAGAUUUUGGUCUUUCUAGACUUGGUAUGACUGAAAUUUCCCAUAUCUCAACAGCCCCACAGGGAACUCCAGGGUACUUGGAUCCUCAAUACCAUCAGAACUUCCAUCUUUCAGAUAAAAGUGAUGUUUAUAGCUUUGGGGUUGUUCUUCUAGAGAUCAUUACAGCACUGAAAGUGGUAGACUUUUCCAGGCCCCAGAAUGAAGUGAAUUUGGCUGCUCUUGCCACAGAUAGGAUUGGAAAUGGAAGAUUAAAUGAUAUUAUAGAUCCAUUUCUUGAUAUCCACACUGAUGCUUGGACCCUUUCUUCUGUACACAAAGUGGCAGAACUAGCAUUUAGAUGCCUAGCAUUUCACAGAGACAUGAGACCUUCAAUGAUGGAAGUUGCAGCUGAACUAGAGCAAAUAAAGCUAAGUAGAUGGGCACCUUCAGAGGAAAUAAAUUACACAGCUUCAUCAGCUGAUACCUCCUGCUCUUCUUCAUCGAAUAUCAGCGAGAAGCCUCUCAGCUUCACUGAUAUUAAGAAAGCUCAAGUGGAAAAUAGCAGAGUUUUGUUAACAGAGGGCAGUAGCGUGGAGUCAAUGGAAAUAGCAAAGGACAAUUCACCUGUUUCGGUGCAAGAUCAAUGGUUAAGUGAACAAAGCUCACCCUGAUCGAGCAAUCGGAUAAAUACUGUAAUUCGGUGAUUUUCAUUCGAUACUUGGGUUCAAUUUUAGUGUGAAUAUUGUAAAGGUAAAUUUUGAGAUAAACCAACUAUCUUAAAUAAUGCUGGAAGGAGGUUCGUCUAAA